AUGUCUGACGAUGAAGAGCGGGUCACCAUGCCCUUCAAGUUCGUGACUGGCUUCGACGCCCGCUUCCCCAACCAGAACCAAACCAAGCACUGCUGGCAAAACUACGUCGACUACCACAAGUGCAUCAACGCCAAGGGCGAGGAUUUCAAGCCAUGCCGCCAGUUCUUCCUCGCGUAUCAUUCGCUAUGCCCGUCUGCCUGGACCAACCGAUGGGAUGAUCAGAGGGAGAAUGGCAACUUCCCGGCUAGACUGGAUACUUGA